AUGCUCCGCCUGCUCCAGCAGCAGCAACACCACCUCCAUCACCGGCGGCCGGCCCUGGCCGGUCUGCUGCCGCGGGCCCUGGCGGCGCAUGGCGCGGAGGCGCCCGGCCCUGACCGGCCCUCGGCCCGGUACUCGGCGGUCCCGGCGCCGGAGCCGGCCCCCCCGGCCCCCGGCGAGACCGACCUCUCGCGGACCCUCUGCCUGCCGAAGACCGAGUACCCGAUGCGCGCGGAUGCGGCCCGGCGCGAGCCGCUCCUCCGGCACCGGGCCACCACCGGGCUGUACCACCAGCAGCUGGCGGACCCGGCCCGGCAGGGGCGGACCUUUGUCCUGCACGAUGGGCCGCCCUAUGCCAAUGGCCGGAUCCACAUGGGGCACUGCCUGAACCGGGUGCUCAAGGACUUCGUCAUGCGGUAUCGGCUCCUGCGCGGGGACCGGGUGGUCAGCAUCCCCGGGUGGGAUUGCCACGGGCUGCCGAUCGAGCUCAAGGCGCAGGAGGCCUUCUCCAAGCGGCAGAAGGCCGCCAGCAAGAAGCGCAAGCAGGCCGACCCGCCGGCUGGCGCCCCGGCGCCGAGCUCCUCGCCGAUGGACGUCCGCCAUCUGGCGCGGGACUUUGCCCUGAGCACCAUCCGCGAGCAGCGCGACGUCUUCGAGCGCCUGGGCAUCCUGGCCGAUCUGUCGGACGAGGGCCUGGCCGCGCACACGUACCAGACCCUGGACCCGCGCUUUGAGGCGGCCCAGCUGACGGUCUUCGCCAAGAUGGUGGCCCGGGGGAAUAUCUACCGCGACUACAAGCCGGUGUACUGGUCCCCUGCGUCGCGCACCGCCCUCGCCGAGGCCGAGCUCGAGUAUGCCGACAACUACGUCAGCCGGUCGGUGCUGGUGAAGUUCCCCCUGGAGAAGUGCCCCCAUGACUCGGCGCUGCUCAUCUGGACCACCACCCCCUGGACCCUGCCCGCCAACAUGGCGGUGGCCGUCAGCCCCGGGCUGGAGUAUGUCCUGGUCCGGCCGCCAGCCGGGCCGGAGGCCCAGCAGCCCAGCCAGCCGGUGUGGGUGGCCCGCGCCCGGGUGGGCUACCUGGCCGGGGAGCUCGGCUGUGCCGAGGAGGACUUGACGGUGCUGGCCUCGGCCCCGGGGACCGAGCUGGUCGGCCGCCGGUACACGGCCCCGUAUGCCGGGCAGUGUGCGGCCGCCGGGCCGGGCGCCCCCUCGGCCCACCUGUUUACGGUGGUCGAUGCCACCUAUGUCACCGACGACUCGGGCACCGGGCUGGUGCACACGGCCCCGGCGCACGGGCUCGACGACUAUGUCCGGUGCCGGGCCCUUGGCAUGAACUUCGACAGCUUCGGCGCCGUGCUGAUGGACGAGGCAACGGUCUUGCACGUGCGGGAUGUCCUUCUGCGCAAUGGCGGCACCGAUGCCUGGUGGACGCUGCCGGUGGGGGAUCUCCUGCCGCCGGGCUUGGCGGCCGAGGCGGACCUCUACGAAAAGGGCACCGACACGAUGGACGUCUGGUUUGACAGUGGCACCUCGUGGGCCCACUUGCUGGACCGGCUGGAGGAGCUGGGCGCCCUGCCGGCCGAGCAUCCGGCGGCGCUCGAUGUGCAGGGCGACUUUGCCCCGGUUCAGGCCGACGUGUACCUGGAGGGGUCGGACCAGCACCGCGGGUGGUUCCAGUCGGCGCUGCUGACGUCGAUCGCCUCGCGUGGCAUCGCCCCCUACAAGACCCUCAUCACGCAUGGGUUCAUCAAUGACGAUAAUGGAGCCAAGAUGAGCAAGUCCAUCGGCAACGUCCUGGAGCCGGAUCACUUUAUCCUCGGCGGCAAGAAUCUCAAGUCGAAUCCGGCCUACGGGACGGAUGUCCUGCGGAUGUGGGCCUCCUCGGUGGAGUACACGUCCGAUGUGUCGGUCGGCCCGGUAAGCAUCGGCCGGAUCAGCGAGACCAUGCGCAAGCUGCGCAACACCAGCCGCUUUAUCCUGGGGAAUCUGUAUGACUUUGAAUUUGGGCGUGACGCCGUGCCGUAUGAGCGCCUGCGCGAGACGGACAAGUAUGUGCUUCACCUGCUGGCGCAGUAUGUCGACGACGCGGCCAGCGCCUACGAUCGGUUCCAGUUCAAUCACGGUGCGUGCCCCCGCCCAACGCGUGGCUGUGUGCUCGCGGCCGCCAUUCCUGCCGACUAA